ACUCACCUGUGUAGCAGCAGCAAAAUGUUCCUCUUCAUAUUGUUUCUUGGGGCAUUCUUUCUCCCAAAAACUGAUUCCCUGCAAUGCUAUGAAUGUUCACUGGAUGCCUAUGGGAAAUGCAAUGACAAAAUAGCAGAAUGUCCCUCACAGAAGUCCCAGUGCCUAGCAUCAAGAGUUGUUGCAUAUUACGGAGAAAAUGAGAUUCCUCAAAUGGAAGUCAAAGCUUGCGCCAUGCCUGAAGACUGUAUUGAAGGCUCCAUUAACCUUGGAAAAAUCAAAAGCGUACAAAUGACCUCAUGCUGCACUACAAAGCUCUGUAACAACAAAUUUCCAGACUAUAAAUCCACUCCAAAUGGCAAAAAGUGCUUCAGCUGCGAGGGAGAGGAUUGCACCCAGACUGUUAAUUGUCAAGGGGAGGAAAACCACUGCAUGAAACUGACAGCAAAUGCAGCAGGAGUUAGUGCUACGAUGAAGGGCUGUGCCUCCAACCUCAUGUGCUCAGAUAAAAUUGCUUCAAUGCUAUCUAUGUACAGUGGUGUAAAGUUUAGCUGCUGCCAGGGAGACUACUGCAACAGUGCCGUCAGUGCAAGUCCCACCCUGCUGCUCUUGCUGGUGCCACUGUUUUUUCUUGCCUUAUUUUGUUAGCUGAUAGAAGCAGUCUAACUGCUGCCAAGUUUACAUUUUAACCCAAAGCCAUGAUUUAUUUGAAAAAUGUACUCUUCUCAGCUCAGCUGGUUUGUUAGGAAUGUAAAGAUAUGGUUUGUAAUGACAAGCACCAUUUUACAAAAUUUACAAAUGAUUGUUUUGCUGUUAGAAAAUGUAGAAUGCUGAAUAAAAGCAAUAAUAAACAAGUGUGUCCAGCAUCUUCCUAAACCUUAAGAACAUCAAUUUCAAAAGAACAAUAAAAAACCUGAUGCUUUUGAAACUUUUUUCAAAAGUGUCCUUUUAAAUUUUUUUUUUUUUUUAUGUAUGACAAAUUAAAAGCUGCUUCUGCUAGACCUUCCAUAUGAUUGUAGAAAUAUUCAAAUAGGAAAAAAACAAAUAAAAUUAAUAAAGCCUUGGUGGAAAAUAUUGCAGACUUUGAUUCUGAAGGCCCUGAUCCAACCCUCCUCUGUCCCCUUCUCCACUAUCUUUGCAAGCUCCUUUCUCUGAAUCAUCCACUGAUUUUUUUUUUCAGCAAAUGCAGCAGGAGUUAGUGCUACAGUACAAUGAAGGGCUGUGCCUCCAACCUCAUGUGCUCAGAUAAAAUUGCUUCAAUGCUAUCUAUGUACAGUGGUGUAAAGUUUAGCUGCUGCCAGGGAGACUACUGCAACAGUGCCGUCAGUGCAAGUCCCACCCUGCUGCUCUGCUGUGGCCACUGUUUUUUCUUGCCUUAUUUUGUUAGCUGAUAGAAGCAGUCUAACUGCUGCCAAGUUUACAUUUUAACCCAAAGCCAUGAUUUAUUUGAAAAAUGUACUCUUCUCCGCUCAGCUGGUUUGUUAGGAAUGUAAAGAUAUGGUUUGUCAUGACAAGCACAAUUUUACAAAAUUUACAAAUGAUUGUUUUGCUGUUUAAAAAUGUAGAAUGCUGAAUAAAAGCAACAAUAAACAA